AUCAUCGAUCAAUUUCAAAUCCACACCAAAUCACGAUCUCUUAAUUUUGUCCGAUCAUUCUGUCUCUCACCAAUUGAAGUCCGUAUCAAUUCAUACCGUAGGAGGACAGAGAAUCCGUGCUGACCGCCCAUGUCUUGCUGGCCAGGUCGGACUGCCAACUGACAACUAAUUCCGGCCUAAGCUAGUUGAGCUGUUCUUCCCUGUUUCUCUCUGUUUUCCCUCUGUUUCAUUCUUCCCUCCUCCCUCUUGGUUUUCCCUCCCAAUUUAUUAUAUUCCCUUUCCCUGGUUCUCCCCUCCCCUCUUACCCCCUUCCCCCUCAUAUUCUACCGGUUCACAGAUCAUGGGAACCUACACCUUUCGAUGGCCGCACAGUGCCAACGAAGUGUACGUAACCGGCAACUUCGAUGACUGGGCGAAGUCCGUCAAGCUGGACCGGACGGGCGACGUCUUCGAGAAGGAGAUCCACCUGCCGUGGAUGACGGAGAAAGUACACUACAAGUUCGUCGUUGACGGCAUCUGGACGACCGAUCCCUCCUCCCCAGAAGAAGACGACGGCAGCAACAACAUCAACAACGUCCUAUACCCUCAUCAGAUCCAACCUGAUUCUGCACCUGCCUCGCACCCUGACGCUGCCAUCAUGUCCGGCGUCACCCCAGAAUCGACCACCGCAGGCCUCGCCGGGAAGGUCCCUCGCGAGCUGGGCGAUACCACCAUCUCGUCCGCCGCCCCGAGUUCCACCACCGCCGGCCUCGCCAGAAAUGUCCCCUACGAACAGAGAUCCGCCGUGCCGGGGACCUUCCCGGACACCCCACGGGACGGCGGCGACGCGAAGCAGCUCUCCGUCAACCCCAUCCCCGCCUCGAGCGGCUCCGGUAAUCCCAUCCACCUCAAACCCGGCGAGAAGGUGCCCGACCCGAGCACCUUCAACCCCAACACGGUGCAGUCGACCGUUCGCACCGACCCGGCCGCCUACUACCAGGAUGCCUCCGCCCCGCUGACCGGCGGACCGGCCACCUUCGCGGGGGCCUCCACCCUGCCGCCCCCCUCCCAGUCCCAGCACAUGAUCCCGGAGUCGAGUCUCCCCAUGGGGACCGGGAGCCUGGGCUACGACCCGGCCACCAUCCAGUCGGCGGCCCCCGACUCGACCACGGCGGCCCUGGCCGCGGGGGUGCCGCUCGAGUCCCGGCGCCAGACCACCACCACCACCGGCGGAGGGCCGGUCAGUGACGUGCCGGACGUGGUACGGCGGUCCAUGAGCAAUGCCCACAAGGACCCCGAGGCGGCGGCCUACGAGGAGGCGGUCGACGAGAAACGAGAGGUGGAGCAGGAGCUCCAGAGGAAGGUGACCCGGGAGGAGUCCGCGGGGACUCCGGCCCCGACGGUCACGGCGGCCACGUCGGCCACGGCCCCGGGAAGCGCUCGGGUGAGGCCCCGGACCUGGAGCCGGAGUCGCCGUCCAGCAGUUACCCGGCCGCGGGACCGACCGUGACCAGCGGGCCCCGCACCGAGUCGACCCCGGCUGUGUCGCAGCCAUCCCGGGCGGGACCGACGGGCCCUUCGGAGCGUCUGAGUGGUGCUCAGGCACAGCAAUCGGCGAGUGCUCAGCCGCAGCAACCGAUGGGCUCCCAGGCACAGCAGUCAAUGGGUUCCCAGGCGCAGCAGCCAACGGGUACCCAGGCUCAGCAACAGAUGGGCUCCCAGGCGCAGCAACCGACAAGUGCCCAGGCCCAGCAACCAACAGGUACCCAGGCCCAGCAGUCCACAGGCCAGACCAACCAAGCGGGCGGGGGAACCAACGGGACCACGGGCAAGGACACUGUGCAGCAGGGGGCCAA